AUGUAUACUGUUUAUACGUCAUAAAAUGGCUCAAUUGCACUUAAUAACUGCUUGACUUUGCCCUAUGACACUUUAUUGAGGGUCGUUCUGUGCUCGAGAAACAUCUUCUCAUCCACUCCAGUCCUCAUCACGAAUAUUUAACAUACCAUUCGUUCUCCCUCAAAGAAAGGUUCUCCAAAGAAACCAAUGAAGGGUUAUAAGAAAAUUCUAAGAGGAGAUGAGUAAGGCAUAUUGCCGAUGCCCUUCUAUUCUGUCUACGAGCCAUAUCGAUAUAAUAUAUCGAAUGAUGGAGACUAUGUGUUUGAGAUCAAAUGUCGAUAAUUAGGACCAUGCUUCCUUAGAAUAAUUUGGUUAGAAUUAGAUGAUAGAAAGAUUUAGGAAAUGGGAUAGCCUUUCAAUUUUUUAGUUUGGAAUCAAUUAAUGUUUAAUCUCAAAGAUUUGACCAUAUAGACAGUAUUACCUAAUUUAGUAAGAAAAUGGGAUUUGGAAGGGUUUUAAGCAUUUCAUUUAUGUCCUAUACAGGAAGUAUCUCAUAGUCUAUAUGCAAUAAAAGAUCAUCUGAGUAUAUUAUACUUUCGAAAUUUUGAGGAACUAGAUAAUUUUAUCUAAUAAUCUAAAAAGAUCUUUUUCAUUGAUGUUGUGUUGAAUCACACAGCAAAAGAGAGUGAAUGGUUGAAUGAAGAAGAAUGUGUAUAUAAUGAAAGAACUGUUCCACAAUUGACAUCAGCAUUAGAAUUAGAUUUUGCUUUAGAAUAGGUUUAGAAAUAUGAGGAUAUAGAGAUAGUAAUAAAGGCAUUGAAAAUAGAGGAGUACUUUUAGAUUGAUUUAAAGAAAAUAGAUUGGAUGGAUUAUUAAUUAGAGAAUGGCAAUACAAAUAGUGAUGAUGAUGAUGAUGAUGAUAAUAUAUUUAUGGAAUCCAAUAAGGAGAAAAAUAUAAAAGUUAUCGAAGUAUAUUUGGCAAAUUUUGGAGUAUAAAGAUAUGGAGUAACUUUUGAUUUCAAGAGGUUUUAGGAAGAAUAAGGAUCUCAUUAAUUGACAAUCAGUCAAAUUAUGAAGGCUUUAAAAUGUAUUAAUGAAAAAUAAUUCAAAAGGGCUAAGUAAUAUGAAGCAGAAUCAAUAGCUAAUAAUUAAGAACAUUAUAAAAAGUAUGGAUGUGUUUAGAAGUAUUUCUACAAAUUAAAGAAUUGGUAUGCUGCCUAUAAUGGUUAUGUUGAUAACAUAGAUCCAGAAGAAGAUUUUGUAACCAGCUAAAAUUUCCAUUAUUUAAGACAUACUAUUAAUAAAUGGAAUGUGAUAAAAUUACGUUAUGGCAAUAAAAGAGAUACACCUCUAUUAUUGAAUCGAAUGAAAUAGUAUAUUUGUCAAAUGGCUCGCUAUUUCCAUGGCAUUCGAUUAGAUAAUUGUCAUGGUACACCAUUAACAGUUAGUUAAUACUUACUAAAACAUGCUAGAAUAGAGAAUCCUAAAUUAUUGGUGUUUGCUGAAUUGUUUGGUUGUUCAUAUGAAUAGUAAAUUAAGUAUAUGAGUAAAUUAGGAUUAAAUGGAUAAGUUGAUGAAUUAUUUUAUUGUAAGAAUGCCUCCUCCAUAGUUUAUAAAUUAUAAAGUGGUGCUUUUAUUUAACAAAUCUCAGGACCAUAAAGAUUAAUUUAUGAUUAGACUCAUGACAAUUAACCUCCUAUAGUCUAAUCUUAAGGUCCAGGUUACUUAAUGUCAUUAGUAUCAGCUUUAAGUUUUAGUAAUUAAUUUAAAGGAACAACUAAAUUAGUAGAUGAGUUUUAUGAUUAACACAUUAGUUGUGUUUAUGAAAAACGAUUUUAUCCACAAAUUGAUUAAUAACUUUAUGAUAUAGAAAAAAGAUAUAUAACUUUUAUGUGGAAACAUACAAUUCCUAUUUAAACUAGUUCAAAUAAAGAGAUGGUAGUAUUUCCAAAAGUUGUUAAAUUAAAAGGUUCAUUUGAUAAUUGGUAAAAAGAAUAUUUUCUAUAAAAUGAUAAAGACAACCCUAAAUAUUUUACUUGUCAAAUAGAAUUAUCACCAGGAAUUUAUGAAUAUAAAUAUAUUAUUGAUGAUGUAUGGAUGAUUGAUGAAAAUCAAUUAAAUAAUGAAAUGAAUAAUAUCAUUGAAAUUAAACCUAUUAAGGCAUAUAAAUCAUUAACUUUCAUUCGAUAACUUGCUUAAAAUUAAAUUUAAUAUACAUAUAUGGAUUCUAUUCAUGAAUAGAUCCUAAUUAUAACUAGAUGUUAAGAAGAUCAUUUAUAGAAUGAAACAAUUGUAAUUUGUUUAAGACCUAUCAUCAGAAAAAUUAAAUUAUAUUCAAAAAUAUUAAGCAUAUAGUAUCAAUAUUCAUUUCAAUACAGUGGAAAAGAAACCUAGACUCUAGAUGAUGAGAUCAAAGUAAAAGAACAUUAUAUAGAUAUUUCUACUUCAUAUGCUUAAAUUAACAAUAAUAUGUUAUCCAUUAACACUCCUACUUCUUGUGUUAUCAUAUUGUAAUGUGAACCAUUAUAGGAAAUACAAGAAUUGAAUUAGUUUCUAAUUACUCCAUUUAGAUGUGCUGAUGAUAUCAACCUUCUAUAUUAACCUUUGAUAAAUCAUUAUGAAGUACCAGGAUGUGGAGUUCUAUACUAUUCAGGAUUAUAUGGAAUAAUGAGAUUUAUCAAUAAGAUUGAAACUCUCAAUGACCCAUUCAUAAAGCAUAUUAGAGAAGGUGACUGGCUAAUUGAUUAUUUAUCUGAUCAUCAUACUUGUUUGGUACCAAUUUUAAAAAUAAUUAAAUCAUUACCCCAAGUAUUUAAACCACAUUAUUUUAUUAAAUGCAUAAAACAUAUUGUUUAAAGUAUAGAAGAUAAAUAUACUCAACAUAGAGAAGUUUUCUUUAAAUAAAUUGAUAUCUUAUCCACUUAUUUUACUCUCUAUGAUUUUAAUAAAGGUAGAGAAACCUUCAUGAGUUUCAAGGGUAUCUUGAUUUUAACAAGUAUAAAUAUAUAUUUUAGUUAUAGAUAAGGCUAUUGAAGCCAAAGAUUUAAUUUUUAAAUAUGGUAAUCUAAUGUAACAUGGUCUAAUACCUAAUUCAUUAAAACCUUUAAGAUAUAAUACUAGAGAUACAUGUUUUUGGUGGAUUAAAGCUAUUCGUGAUUAUGUAACAUAUACAGAUGAUUUCUCUAUCAUUGGUUUAUUGCAAGAAUAAAUUUAAUCCAUUUUUUAAUCUCAUGCAACAGGUAUCAAAUUUAAAGAGAUAUAUGUAAAUGAUGAAACAGAUAAAGAAGUAUUUAUAUAUAUAUUUAAAACAGGGUUUGGUUGUAGAACUUAAACUAGAUUCAGAAACAGGAUUCAUUAUGGGAGGUAACUAUAAGAAUUGUUUAACUUGGAUGGAUAAAAUGGGAUCUGGUACUUUAAAUAAAGGAUAUCCUGCUGCAUCUAGAGAUGGGGCUCCUAUUGAAUGCACAGCAUUGUUAAAAGCAUGUCUUGAUUUUAUUGGGAAAAUGCAUUAAUUAAAUAAAUAUACUUAUCCAGGAAUUAAAUUAAUGAAUAGGAUGGUUACAUGGAGAGCAUGGUCAGAUUUUAUUUGUUAGCAUUUUGAAAAAAGUUAUUAUAUUCCAGUUGAUCCAUCCUAUUAUAAUGAAUAUUAAGUAGUUGAAAAACAUGUAAGAAGAAAAGGAAUCUAUAGAGAUAUUUUUAAAUGUUCUAAACCUAGAUCUGAAUAUUAAUUGAGACCUAAUUCUUGUAUUGCAAUUGCCUUAGCUCCAGAGUUGUUUUAAAAAAAUCAUGUCAUUCACCAUUUAGCAUUGAUUGAAUCUAAUUUAUUGAGUUUAAAUUCACUUGGUUUAAGUACUUUAGAUCCUAUUGCAAGUGAAUAUAGUGGAAAAUAUAUUCAAUUGACAGAUCGUUUUAAUGCUUAAGAUGGAUUCUCCAUUCACAAUGGAUCUGAAUUUGUUUUCUUGCUUGGAUACUAUCUUAAAGCAUUACUAAAAAUACAUAAAUAAGAUAUAAAAAAAGAAAUAUUUUAUGCUUAUCUUGCUCCUAUUAAAUAACACUUAAAAGAAUAGUAAAUUUAAUAUUUUUAUAUUUUAGUUAUUCUUUACCAGAUUUCACUGAUUAUAAUGGACAAUUAAGUGAAUUCGCUCAAAAAUCCUCUAUAUUAAGUAUUGCACUUUUAAAAGAAGCCAUUUUUGAUUUAGAGGAAUUUAGUUAAAAAUUAUAAAAAUGA